ACUUGUCCAGGGCAGUGGACCUUCGUCUGCUCACUCAGUGGUUCUACGUUGCGGGUUUCUCAUGAGAAACCUCUGCCAGGGACUGGGCUGUUCUCAUCUUGUUGAGUGAUUGGAGAAUUUACUACAUGUUUGGUUUUCACUUAUGAGCUGUUUUAAGAAAAGGAUAAAUUUUUUUGGAGAAAGCAGAAGGCCUUUUCUCAACAUGGCUGCUGAAAUCACUUAUGCUGAACUGAGGUUCAAAGCUGAAUCCUCAAGCCCCAACUCAGGGUCUCCUGCAGCUGCCAAAGAGAAGACCACUCCUCAGAGAAGUAAUCUUUGUCUUCUCAAGAUGCUUCUUGUCCCCUUAUUGAUAUUCCUCCUUUUGGCCAUCGUAUUCUGUAUUGCUUUUAUCAUAUUCUUUCAAAAAUAUUCUCAGCUUCUUGAAGUAAAGAAGGCUAUCAAAGAAAGUACACAUAAGCAUAAAGAACUGGAGUGUAAAAGAAGCAAUUCAUCUAAGAAAGACAAAGUCUGGAGCUGUUGCCCAAAGAACUGGAUGCGAUUUGGUUCUCACUGCUACUUCUGUCCAACUGAAGCUAAACCAUGGAGUGAGAGUGAGGAGCGCUGCUCUCACAUGGGGGCUCAUCUGGUGGUAAUCACCAGCAAGGAGGAGCAGGAUUUUAUAACCCAGAAUACAAAACUGAAUACUGCUUAUUACAUGGGGUUGUCAGAUCCACAAGGUCAGAGACAUUGGCAAUGGAUUGAUCAGACACCAUACAACGAAAGUGUCACAUUCUGGCAUCCUGGUGAGCCCAAUGAUAAGAAGGAACAUUGUGUUAUUUUAAAUUAUCGUUACUCAAAUAGAAAAUGGGGCUGGAAUGAUGUCUCUUGUGAUAGGCCUCAAGGGUCAGUUUGUAAAAUGGUGAACAUCUAUUUAUGAGUCAAACAUGCUCCCUGUGCCUGUACCUCAGGUACCAUUCAUCAUUACACAGAUAGAUCAGAAUAUUUUCCUUAUGUGUAUGAGAUGUCCAUAGAAUUUGAGGUAAGUGUUCAACUAUUCCACUUAUAAAAAUUUAGUUACCUUGCGUAUGUGUUUACAUACUUAUGUAUUAAAAGCAUUUAUUGAGCAUUUUGCAUGUGCCAUGAACUCCACUAGAGAUCUUGUUUGUUUAUACAUGGAAGACAUAGAACUUUUCUGAGCGAUAAGAUGUAUUUACUGAUAGAACUUUAUGAUUUGGUCCUUGCAUUUAUUUCUUCUAUUUGCCCUUUACCUUUACUGAUGUAUAACUAUGAACUCUGAAAUAUGUAUCUUAAGCUACCAAAUGCUUAUUUGUUAUACAAGAUACUGUGAAAUAAUAAAAGUUAUUUAUUAUUUACCACAGCUAACUAUUCUGUUUUACUAAAAAUAUUUAGGAUCUCCAUAAGCAAGUUUCACUUUUAAAUGCAACACUGUUAACCAUUGUCACUGUGAUAGUAUGGAAUUCCAAAAUUUAUUUUCUUAACCCAAAUGUCUCUUGCCAUUUUCCCACAGCUAUUCCAUUUUAACCUCAAUUCUACUGUGUUUCUAGGAGGUUGACUCUUUAGAUUCUUCAAAUAAAUACAAUCAUAUGG